AUGGCGCUCCCAGAGUACAAGAAGAAUUUUCUCGAGACCUGCAUCUCCGCUGGUGCGCUGAAGUUUGGCACCUUCACCCUCAAGUCCAAGCGCGUUUCGCCGUACUUUUUCAAUGCGGGACUCUUUCAUCGCGCAGAUUUGCUGCGCUCCAUGUCAUUGGCAUACGCCCAGUCCAUGAAGGCCCACGGCGACACCGAUGCCUCGUUCGACUUUGAUGUUCUGUUCGGCCCAGCCUACAAGGGCAUCCCGCUCGCUGCCACAACCAUCGACAAGCUGGCUGAUCUGGACGCUGCAAAGUACGGCAAGAAGAGCUACAGUUUCAACCGCAAGGAAGCCAAGACCCACGGCGAGGGCGGUAACAUUGUUGGCGCCUCCCUCAAGGGCCAGAAGAUUGUCAUCGUCGACGAUGUCAUCACUGCCGGAACUGCCAUAAGGGAGGCCAUCGACAUCAUCAAGAGGGAGGGAGGAGAGCUCGUCGGCAUCAUUGUUGCUUUCGACAGACAGGAGAAGACUCCCACUGAGAACGAUGACGACGGCAAGCCAGGACCCAGCGCGAUUGGCGAGGUCAGGAAGCAGUACGGCAUCCCUGUGCUAUCCAUCCUCACGCUAGACGACAUCGUCGAGUUCCUAAGGAGCCAAGGUAGCAAGGAUGACAUCAAGAGACUCGACGAGUACAGGGCGAAGUACAGGGCCAGCGAUUAG